AUGCCGAUGCCCACGCCGUGGCUGGAUCCAGCGCAGCGAUAUGGCCCCAAAAAGACCGUCAUGAGUGGCAUGGAUUCUCGGUUGCUGAACGCCUCUCCCAAUAUCAAUGGGCUAUUGGCCCAAUUACAUUGCUCUCGCCCCUCGUAUGCUAUUGGAGGGCUCUUGUUUACAGCCCGUACUUGCGGGCCUGAACUAGAACUUGCACUUAUCCUUCGAUAA